GACGGCAGCAGCAGCAGCGGAGGAGGACCAGGGCCGGGAGAUGGAAGAUGGAAGGAAGCGAUGGAGGGGGAGAAGCAUUUGUUUGGGUUAACGGUGCCUCCGCUCAUUCCCAGAGUGUUGCCAAGGCCAAAUACGAAUUUCUAUUUGGUGGAUCAGAAAAUGAAAAUUCUUCAGAAUUUGGUGGCCAUGGAGGUAGCACACUCCUCCCACACAACGUCACCAACGAAUUCCCGGAAUAUGGGACUGUGGAAGAAGGGGCUAAGACAUUGGAAAUGUUAUCUGAGAUUCCUGGAGAGACUAUAACGUGUGCUUCAGAUGGGCUGCCGAGUGAUCAGCUGCUUUGUGAGCCUCAUGAGAAUGGCAGCCCCGAAGAUGGGCUGAACUUGAUUUCUGAGGAGUUACAAGUACCCUCCGAAGAGGAACAGCUGUCCCAAACAGUUGACAAACUGAGUGAGAGUGCAAAAAUCCCUCAAGAUUUAGAAUCUGAAAAAGCACAGGAUGGAGAAAAGAAUGAUUUUGGUUCAGAGAUGCAAAUGGAAAAAGAGAGGAGGGCUGGCAGAGUGUUUGAAGAGGCAGCCAGAGAGAAAGUUCUUGCAGGCCAAGAAAAACCUACAGAAAUGCCUCUUUCAUCUGAAGUAACGGCAGAGAGAAAAUUGUAUUGGAUCACCGAAGAGGACUCUAUGGUCUUAACUGUGGAAUUACAUCCUGAAACCUUGCAAAACACUGAUGGUGGAACUGAGGAGGUCCACGAAAUGUGUGAAACAAGUUGCCAUGUACCUUUGGCAGGGCCAGAGAACAGAGAUGAGGGCACUGCUGGUGUUCUUGGUAGUGCCUGGGCAGACUUUGAGCGGGAGUUUUCUGCAUUUGCUCCAGAAAAAGUAGAAAGAGCCUCUGAGAGGAGGAUAUCAAAAGAGACAGCAGUGAGCAAACAUGUUGAAUUUCAAGGGGUGGAAAUCCUUUGGAUACAAAAAGCAGAGGAGCACAAGGGAAUGGAGCGGUCUGAGAUGGAGGGUGAAGGAAGGAGAACAUUUUCUAGUAUAUCAAACAACCAUACUCCAUCCACAGACUCAACUGGUUUGCCUGAGCGCCCUUGGAAUGUGUCCUGGGAGAACUUCAGGCCUUUAGCUUCGCUGGCCGAAGGUGGAGAGGAUGAAGUCUUUGUAAUAGAAAAAAAGAAGAACUGGGCUCAGGAGAGGAGAUCUGUACCAGACAAUGACAGGCUAAUGGAGGAGGAAGAAACGGUCAGUGGGAGAAUGGAAGAUGUCCUUGGGCAACCGCACUCCGAAGUCUCAACAGAUGUGUACAGCUCUCAGUUUGAAAGCAUCCUAGACAAUGCGUCUUUAUAUUAUAGUGCCGAGUCGCUGGAAACGUUAUAUUCUGAGCCUGAUAGCUACUUCAGCUUCGAAAUGCCACUUACUCCGAUGAUCCAGCAGCGCAUCAAGGAAGACGCUCAGUUUUUAGAAAGGACUCCUGAUGGGAAGAUUGGGAAGAGCCCCUGUGAUGGGGUCUCCAACGGCCUAGGAGAAGUGAAGGAGUCGGACAUCACAGAAGCUGAUCAUUUGGAAAGCAAUGCAAGACUGGAAUGUACAGCACCACUAGAUGCCACAGGGGACAUGGGAACCAGUGAUCUUUGGGACAAAGAGGCCCCCGACAGCGUGAGCCAUGACUUCAUCAACGGUACCACCAGUGGCAACGUGGAAGCAGCCUGCAGGCUGGCAAAGCGCCUCUAUCAUCUGGACAGAUUCAAGCGGUCUGACGUAGCGAAGCACUUAGGGAAAAACAACGAGUUCAGCAAACUUGUAGCUGAGGAAUACCUCAAGUUCUUUGACUUCACAGGCAUGUCUUUGGACCACUCCCUCAGGACAUUCUUUAAAGCCUUUUCCCUCAUUGGAGAAACUCAGGAAAGAGAGAGAGUUUUAGUUCAUUUCUCCAACAGAUACUACCAAUGCAACCCAAAUGCCAUUUCCACACAAGAUGGAGUCCAUUGCCUCACGUGUGCUAUAAUGCUGCUCAAUACUGACCUCCAUGGCCAUAACAUUGGUAAAAAGAUGUCUUGUCAAGAAUUCAUUGCCAACCUUCAGGGCAUGAAUGAAGGCAAAGAUUUCCCAAAGGAACUCUUGAAGGCUCUCUACAAUUCAAUCAAAAAUGAGAAGCUUGAGUGGGCAGUAGAUGACGAUGAAAAGAAAAAAUCCCCCUCGGAUGGUACUGAUGAAAAAGAUAAUGGAACCCAAAACAAGGCUGUCAAUCGCAUUGGCAAUACCAAUAACCCUUUCCUGGACAUUCCUCAUGACCCCAACGCUGCUGUGUACAAAACUGGAUUCCUGGCACGCAAAAUCCAUGCCGAUAUGGAUGGAAAGAAGACUCCGCGAGGGAAGAGAGGAUGGAAAACCUUUUAUGCUGUUCUUAAAGGAACGGUCCUUUAUUUGCAAAAGGAUGAAUACAAACCAGAUAAGGCUUUAUCCGAGGAAGAUCUUAAGAAUGCGGUCAGUGUGCACCAUGCGUUAGCAUCUAAGGCCACAGAUUAUGAGAAGAAGCCAAAUGUCCUGAAGCUCAAAACAGCUGACUGGAGAGUCCUGCUUUUCCAAGCUCAGAGCCCAGAAGAAAUGGAGUCAUGGAUCAAUAAGAUCAAUUCUGUGGCAGCCGUUUUCUCUGCCCCACCAUUUCCAGCUGCUAUUGGAUCCCAGAAGAAAUUUAGCCGCCCUCUGUUACCUGCCUCCACAACGAAAUUAUCUCAGGAUGAUCAGCUAAAAUCACAUGAAAGUAAACUGAAGCAAAUCUCCACUGAACUAGCUGAGCAUCGCUCCUACCCACCAGAUAAGAAGCUGAAAGGCAAGGAAGUGGAGGACUACAAACUGAAAGAUCAUUACCUGGAAUUUGAGAAAACUCGCUAUGAAACAUAUGUGUCUCUUCUCAAAGAGGGAGCAGGGAAAGAGUUGCUGAGCGCUGGCGAGAAUGACGGCCCAGGACUGAAGAAAUGCCACUCGAGCCCCUCAUUAAACCAGGAGUCUCCUGUUAGUGCCAAGGUGAAGCGUAACAUCUCGGAGAGGAAGGACUAUAGACCCGAAACACCAAGCAUCAAGCAGAAGGUUACUUAGGGCCCCAGAGGCAGGCUGUAGGAACCACUUAUCUCUCUCCCUCUCUCUGUCUUUCUCUCUCUCUCUUUGAUAACCUGUCCUUUGCAAAAACAAAACAAACAAAAUUAACACAUCUGCCUGAAUGGGGUGUUAGUGACAUUUUCAAUUGUAAAUUUUGUUGUUUCUGUACAGGUUGUUGGAGAUGUUUCGGCUUCUGCCUUGCAUUUGCCUAGUUAAUUUAUCAUAGAGCAACUGAUCCAAUCCUCUCUUUUUUUUAAGAAAAAAAAGGCAGGGGAAAACAAGGAGUGGGAACAGAGAGAUUUCAUGAUGUAUUUAUAUCUUUCAUCUUUUUAUCUUCUUUUGUUGGCUUGUAAUUUUCAUCUCUCAAGUUGUCUGCUGCUUUUCGGCAGCAGGGAAAGUGACUGGACGAAAAAAAGGGUGGGGGGAAGCUUACUGAGUUGUUUGGCUUUGUGAAUGGAUUCCUGCAUUUGCCAAGGUGGCAUUGACCCACUGGAAGAGAGACUAGGUAAAAAUGCUGCUGCCCAGCCAACCUCUGUAACUACACACCAUGGGGACCCAUGAAAAUAGCUAGGCUAUUUGAACGGACAAUUAUUGUGAUCUCUGAGAUCCCAUUUUGUAAAGGUGGACACCAAGUUCGACAUCAAGAGCAAAAAUGAAGUUUAAAAAGUUAGCAUUUUGGAUGCAAAACAGAGGAAGGCCUUGGGUGAACAGAAAUGGUUCCAGCCAAAACUGGUCUUGUUUUUAUUUAUAUUUCAUUUCACUGAAUCGAAGGUCUCUACCAUUGACCUCUCUGUUUUAUCAGCAACUCACACUACUGUUGGAUUCUCAGCAGUAUAUAAUUGUACGUGUGCUGUACAGACAGCUGUGACGUGUAUUUAUUUUCCAUUGGCAUUAUGAUCCUCCUCCAGAAGUCCACGGGCGUUCGGGCACUUUAUAGUCUAAUCGGUUGCAGCUGCUUAUUUUCCUCUUAGGGCUGGAAAACCUGAAGGGGACAGCGUGUUGCCCAGUUUACUUCUCUAACGUAAAGUCAAGGAGGCCUUGAGAUGUGGUGUUUAGAAUGAUGGAUCCUUUUUUCCUAGCCAGCAGAUCCUUCCAGCUAUAAAAUUACCCACCAUCGAUAGUUCUCCCCCUCCGUGGUCUGUUUCCUGUAAUCACAAAGAGAACAGGGCUAAGAACAAGGAGAACAGCUGCACGGUUAUCAGUCUUCCUGUGUUGGGCUCAUUUUCCUAGCACAGGGCAGUAUUGACUUUGAAGCUUCCUCAAGGAUGAUGGAGACAAAUUAUGACUCCCAGCAGGCAAACAAAGGGAAAGGGAAACAACCAGAACAAGGUGGGAUGAAGAGAGCAUUGAGGUCUGUGGAGAAGAAACCAUUUGCAAAUAAUGCAAGGUCAGGCCAUUGGCCCCCAAAUUGAUGACAGCUCAAAGAUAAGGAUGCAUGUUCCAGUAUGCUAUUGAUUUGGAGGUAGGGCUCGCGUAUUUCUUUGCCCACUAAUCCAACCCGGACAGACUGAGCAACAGCUGAGCUUCCACAUUCUGUAGAAUCUGUUUGCCUUAGAGAAGGGGUUGGGGAGACCAGACACAUUAGAGCUCUGAAUUGUCAUCCUAAAUUUAGAGUCCUAAACUGAAGGCUGUGUUAGCCAAGGCACUCUGUAAAGGGACAGCUAGGGGAGUUGUUCUAUCUAUCUCUACAUCUGUGUGCUGAAAGUCCUAUAUGCCUGCCAUUGGCAAUAGAGUGGCAAACACUUUUAAAUCAAUACGAGAAGGGCAUAAGAAUCAAAUUGAGAUGGGACACCUUGCUGCCUGUAUUUUCUUAAGGAGAUUUGCCUUCAUGCUUUGAGAAUCUUUGGUCCUGUGCAUCACGAAGGGUGAACCAGUCCUUCAGGUAGACAGGAUGAUAGUUACUGCAAGAAUGGAUGGCACCAAAGGGAGUCUUGGUAUUUGGGAGGCAGCGGCCUGUGCAUUAUUCUGCAGUAGCUCGUUUUUUAUUGCUGGUUCAGAAAAGCCGGCAAAAACUGUCCAGUUUUAUUGAGAUGAGAGACACGGCAGCAAAGUGACAGGACUGAUUAGCAAUGUCUGUAAAGAAGGGGUGACCUUGCCUACAGAGCUGGGCUUGUGAUUCGUCUCCGGCGGAGAACAGAGGAAAAGUUAAGAUGCCAUUAAAAGUUGGCAGGGGGAAGUCCAAUAUUUUUUAGGUUUGGGAAGGGAUAGAGGUGGGAAAUGUGAAACAGAUCGAAUGAAAGGGAGACAUCACUGUUUCUUGCAUGCAGACACGCAUGAACCAAUGAUAAUAUAUUGAGAUUCUCUAUGGUAUUCUCCGUAGCCGAAGAUGGAAGAAGUUGAAUUAUUCAGGAGCCUUCUGUGUUGCUUGGCGGUUAGCCUUUAUGGCUGUUUGCUGAGUGUUACUCGGUGGUGUUUGCAAACUCCACAGCAGCAGUUUUUCCUUAUAGUGUGUCUGGCAUGUCAGGUUCUGACGUGGUGUUCACAAUAAAGAGUGCAGGAGGAAUGAUCGGGCGGUGGGUGGCGAUACACUCCUUCCUCCCACUGAAAAUACAGCCUCCUCGAGCGGUCGGCUAAUAUUCCUUCACCCCAUUGAGCAGUUGUGGUACGAUGAUCAGAGGAAUGUUGGUGGCUGUUGUACUUCCCCUUGGAGGACAGUUGGUUUUGCAUGAGUUGAGGUUUGGGUAGGGAUCCACGUUGCAGCCUGGCGACAACUGCAUGGCCCAAAUAAUCCCUUAGAGGAGAGAUUGCAGUGUGUGUGUGAGAGAGAGAGAGGGAGAGGGAGAGAGGGAGAGGGAGAGGGAGAGAGGGAGGAAUCUAGGGACUAGCUCUAGUGCAAUGUUGCCUGUGGUUUUUGUGCCCAGAUGCAAAUGCAAGUGGAAGGUUCUUGUAAAUUUACAUCGUGUGCAUUGUUGGAAUUUCAGCUGGUAUCGCUUCUCAAGCAAGGCGGUGAGAGAAGCUGCUCCUGCUGAGGUUCCCUCUUCUACGACCACUGGUAAAGGCGCAGAAGAAGACACCUCCUCUUUGGCGCUUGCCUCGAUCUCAGCCACAUCCCCUUCCUCAUAACUGAUGAUGGCAUCUGCAUUGCAGGGCAGAGAGAGGCCCUCUCUUGGCCAGGCUGCCAAGGGAGGCGGACAGUGAUGGGGACACAGUUGGAGGCUUAGUAUGGUCGCAGCUUCCUAGCUGUGGCUCGGCAGUGCCGUCUAGAACAGGGUUGUUGUUUUUAUUCUUGGAGGGGGGGGCACUCUAUUUUUAAGACUUUGGUCCAUGGGCUGGAAACCUUAACUGGUGGUCACAUUCUGUAGGGAAGUCAGUGUCAGCUAGUUGUAAGGGCUUCCUGAUGAUGGAAUGCAUGAACUUGAACAUGGUUGCAUACAAAAUCCAUAGAGGAGAAAACAUUAAAAUGUGUAAGACCACUCACUCACUCACUCCACCUCCCUCUCCCUUUCCCUCCCUCUCUCUCUCCUUCCCUCCUUCCACCUCUUUUUCCAUUUGUGUUAAACUGUGGGUAGCUUCAUAGCUGGAUGUGGUCCAAAGGCUGCCAGUCGGCCACGCUGUUUUAGAAAAUCAGCAGGGAGGGCUGAUAGCAGGAAGGGAGCAUUGCUGCUGUCGAUACUAGUAGCGCGGGGAGGAGAAACAAGCCGCUUGGGAAGAUCAAUACACUCAGGAGCAGAUCCCCAGAGAAACGUUCGCAUUGCUCUUUUGCCCAUGGACAGAACGUAGCUAAUGAUGCUCCAGCAGCAGCCUUCUGGGUUGUUUUUUCGUUCUCUUCUUCUCUUCCUUUUUUCUCCUCUGGGUGAGAUGCUCAGGAAAGACCACAGGUUGGAAACUGAGCCCAUCUCGAAAGAGGCUGAGUAACAGCUGGACGCCUUCUGCUUUAUUACUGCGUUAUUUCACGGUACUUCAAAACACCAAAACGGCCCCCGAGAUGGCUAUUUAAGUUGCACAAUUAAAAGCUGGAAUGUGCUUCGUCGGUACUCUGGUUGUCAGUGUGUGUGUGCGUGUGUGCCCUCAUGAAUGCUGAAGCCUUAUUGUGAACAGCCGUGCAGCGAAUAAUUGAAGCAUUGGCAUGUUGUGUGCAUGUGUUCCUCUAUUUAUUUUCAGAAGCAUUAUUUAUUACUAGCAAAACGCCCAUUGUGGUGAUGGGUAGAGUGUGUGUGGAGGGAGUGCCAGGACCUCCCCGCUGCCC